AUGUCGACGAUUCUGAAGUAUGUUACAGUUUUGUGCCUGGUGUUGUACCUGGCAGAGGCGGCUCAUUUUGUCAACUACGUCCAACCUCCCCCUAAGAAGGAUUUGUACGAGUUAUAUUUGGAGGUGGGGCACUGCGAGACCAUGUUUUAUUACGACGAGGAGAACCAGGCGGGAACUCCGGUCAGGAUGACGGGGUUCGAACAGUUCUCAAUUCUCUCCAAGGGGUUGUCCUGGAGAAAGUACAUUGAAUCCGUCGCCAAAUCUGCAGCAAUGAAAGUCGGCCCCAGGGCAGCAUCAUGCUCCGAGAUGAAGUCUCUAAACCCUGCGGCUGGCGAUGGCGAGUACACACUUUACCCCUUUCCAAUGGACAACGAUGUAUCCAUCCGCGUCUACUGCCACGACAUGGCGUCAGGGAACCCAAAGGAGUUCUUAUCCCUACCUGCCGGUCCAGAUGAGAACUAUGCCAUUAUCAGUCCCGAUAAGCUGUCCUGGGAGUAUGGAUGCACAGGUUCAUUACAGAGCCCAUAUAUAGAGGCCGGAACCACGAAGUUCAGCAAGCUCAGAAUCACGCUGGAGGAAUCCAGGGUCGAGGUUAUUAGAGACGACUACACCUUUGCCCGAACCACUGGGCCAAAUGCAAUACCCUACGGGCACGCUGGUGACUGUUAUUCAAGGGUACAGGGAUGUGCCAGGGGAACGUUUAAAGUGGAUCUGACCGGGACGGAACUGUCGCUUGCACCUGAUACCCACUGGAAGCUGAGUGAGAGAUACCCAGCAUCUCUUACCGUCCAUGGUAUGUUCUUCUCCGAGGAUAGGAAGGUUGCUUCUGCCUUUUGUGGCGGAUGGUGUGGACACUGCUGGCCUGUCGGAGAUAAACUAUAUCUUGCAUACCCAAUCAGGUCAGGUUCUUGCCCACACCCCCCGGUCAUUACUGGAGCCACUCUCUCCGGCUGUGACUACCCGUACGAGGAGAACGAAGUCUGCACCUACAGCUGCGACAGCGGGUACUUCUGGGAAGGGGGUGACCGGAGCCGCGCCUGCAGGGGCGGGAACUGGGAGGGCUCGGCUCUCGUCUGCUCUAACCAAUCCGCUGGCCAGGAGUUGGAGGCAGCCCCAACUGAUCCCGCAGACUGGACGCUGACACAGUACCGUUAUUAA